UGAUACUUGUUUCCCUUUUUUUGUCUUUAAUGUAGCAGGUUUUUUUACCGCGCAGUAUCAUGGGCUACGCAGACAGAAAAUUUGCCGUGUUUAAUGUACUGUUAUUCGUGUUUGUUGCCCAUCAGAAGUACGUCGAUGCAUGUGGAGGUGGCAGACGCAGACCAAGGGACGGUAACUGGGGACCGUGGGGGCCCUGGAGUUCGUGUAUAACUGGAUCCAAGACCAGGUUUCGCUAUUGUAACAAGCCAUCUCCAGCUCAUGGGGGCAGAAUAUGCCCGGGAAGCAACUGGCAAAUCAAGUCUUGCCCUUAUAAUCCCUGUAGUUCAGCAAGGUGCCAACACAUUUGUAUUCCAUUUGGGGUUGUAGCCAGCUGCAGGUGUCGGACUGGCUAUGUGACUUCACCACAUGAUUCAAGAAAAUGUGUUCGGCACAGCUGUCAGCCUUUGACGGCUCCACCAAACGGUGAGAUCUCGCCUACUCGAUGCUUAUUUUCACCUACCCAUGGUGACAGCUGUUUCUACAGAUGUAAAGCAGGAUACAGGGGUGUUGGAAUAAGCGUGAAGAUGUGUAUUCAAGGAAAUUGGAAUUCUUUGGCUUCUUUUCACUGCCAGGUAAAAGAAUGCUCACCCUUGAAUAAGCCAGAUAGGGGAGAUGUACCCCCUCAGGAGUGCAAGGUAAAACCCUUACAUGGCCAGAAGUGUUUUUACAAAUGCGACCUAGGCUACCAGGCCGUAGGACGACAUGAGGUCACAUGUGACGACGGACGGUGGACUGGAUCCAUCGUGCACUGCAAAGAUAUCCAAGCCCCUUCCUUUGGUCAAACCUGUCCAGCUAACAUCAAUGUUUUGGCCGAUGUAGGACAAACGUCAGCCACAGUACGCUGGGGACCAGUCAGAGCUACAGAUAACGAUCAAGCCUCUGUCACAGUGACUCCGAAUGUUGUAUCUCCAUAUCUGUUUUCUGAAGGAGGUCAUACUUUGACUUAUACCGCAACAGAUCCGUCAGGAAAUACAAGAUUUUGUCACUUCAGGGUUACUGUACUUGUGCUUCGAUGUGCUGUUCUCUUCCCCCCUGCCAAUGGAAGGUUUGAGAAUGAAGCAUGUGGAAAUGUACAUGGAAGAGUUUGCCGCUUCAGUUGUAACAAGGGGUAUGAACUGAGGGGAUCAAUUGAGAGGACAUGUAAGAAGAAAGCAGAUAUUAAUGCAGUAUACUGGACAGGGAGCAGAACUUACUGCAAAGCCAUUCGCUGUCCUACCCUAAACACUCCUGAGAAUACAAUACAAACAGGGUAUGACUGUACUGGUCCAAGUGCCUUCUAUGGUACCUCAUGCUUUUUCUCUUGCAAAUUGGGAUACGAGGCUGUGGGAGGAUCAUGGCGUCGAACCUGUCUGGAGACUUCACAGUGGAGUGGGGCUCAACUUAGGUGUCAGGUUCUUACCUGUCCCCAUUUUGCUAUUACGUCAGAGGGACUGGAUACCAGCCCGACACUCUGCACCAAUGCAAGUGCUGCCAUACUUUACCUUCAGGAGUGUCGUUUCACCUGUAAGCAUGGAUAUCAACAGUAUGGGCCUGGAAUAAAAACUUGUGGUCAAUUCAAGACCUGGUUUCCACAAGGAAAUCCAUCAUGCAGAGAUAUCAGGGAACCAGAGUUUUUCAACUGUCCGUCAAAUAUUGAAAAAUAUGCUGAUAGAGGUACUACGUCUACCCAAGUCACAUGGUCUCCUCCAAUAGCUACAGACAACUCAGGCUCUGUACCUAAUAUUAAACACUUUGGAAAGAAACCUGGAGAAUCAUUUUCCGCUGGGGAACACAUAAUCCGGUACUUGGCUUCUGACAAAUCAGGAAACGUGGCUGAAUGCAGGUUUAAGGUCUUUGUUUCAGUCAUUCGCUGUGUGCCUAGAUUAUAUGCCCCGACCGGAGGUACCUUACAGUGCAACAAAGACAAUCAGUAUGGAUCUGAAUGUACCUUCACGUGUCAUGCUGGACGCACUUUGACAGGUUCUGCCCUCCGAGUUUGUCAGAAAGAUUCAAAAACUUCUACAAGCUUUUGGACGGGAAGCAAGACAAGCUGUGAAUUGGUCCAGUGUCCACGUUUAGUCCCUCCACCACAUAGUCUACUGUCUGGAUGCGGAGCUGGCUCUCUCCAUAAUUUGUUCGGAGACAAAUGUCUUUUCUAUUGUGACGUUGGAAGCCAGAUGAUAAAUGGAUCAAGCGAGAGAACAUGUCAAGCCAAUGGCACCUGGUCUGGAGAGGCGCCAUACUGUCAAGUUGUUCAAUGUAAACCCUUGCAAGCUCCGAAAGAUGGUGACGUGAAACCAAGUUCCUGUAAAGCUUUUCCGCAAUAUGAUACGUCAUGUCAUUUCACUUGCCAGAAAGGAUACAGACUGAGUGGAUGGCCGGUAGUGUCUUGCCUUAGAAAAGGAGAGUGGUCAAGGAACGCUACAACUCUUUGUAAAGAUGUUGAAAGCCCUUCCUUUGGUUUGACAUGCCCCAGAAAUAUCAGGAAGUACGCGGACUGGGCAAGAAAUUAUACCACCAUUACCUGGCCUCCUGUUAUUGCCAGUGACAACUCCGGUGAAGCACCAAAUGUAAUAUCCGUCGGUGUGACGGGUAUAUAUUACAGAGGGAAGCACCAGGUUUUUUACAACGCCACUGAUCAAGCAGGAAAUUACAAGAUCUGCACAUUUUUUAUAACUGUCGAAGUUCUACGAUGCCAAACUUUGCUUCCUCCAUUAAACGGCUUUUUCAUGGGAGACUGCGUCAGCACUUACGGAUCCACAUGCAGAAUGAGCUGCAAUGAUGGCUAUCAGUUACUUGGAUCAGGGAAUGUCACGUGCCUGAACAAACCUGGACACAUCAUUGGGUACUGGGACAAACCUUCUCCAAUUUGUAGAGCGCGUUCGUGUUCCUCCCUAAGUACACCACAACAUGGCUUUUUAUAUCCACACAUGUGCACGUCAUUUCCUGUCAGCGGAACCACGUGCUUUUUUGAGUGCAAGCAUGGUUACCAAAGCAACGGAGGUGUCAAUCAGAUACGGUGUGGACUAGAUGGGAGAUGGAAUGGGACUCGAUCCUAUCUCUUAAAAUGUCUUGAUGUUACUUCACCCAUAUUCCUCAGCUGUCCUUCAGACAUCAGCGUGAGUCUAGGUGUUAACUCUACUGUAAUGGUCAAUUGGACCGAGCCGGUUGCAUGGGACAACAGCAACUUGAUGCCAAAUGUUACAGUUAACCCACCAGGAAUUCGCCCACCUCAUAGAUUUAAUGAAACCACUUUCGUUGUCUACACUGCAGUGGAUGGAAGUGGGAACAAGAAACAGUGCUCUUUUAAAGUCAUAGUAGUAGAUGAAUUAAGUCCUGAAGUUGUUUACUGUCCUAAGGAUCAAAUUAUUAUCACCAAAGAGAUUAAAGAGGUGGUGAUAUGGAACGAACCACAAUUUAAAGACAAUAGUAAUCAUCCGCCGACCAUCAAAUGCAACCACCAAAGUGGUACCGAGUUUUACUGGGGAACCUGGAAUGUUAGCUGUACAGCCCGAGACAACAACCCGAAUAACAAACCGGCACUCUGUCAGUUUAAUAUAACUGUAAAACCGCAAAGUUGUUCGGGUAUGACACCACCCCAAAACGGAGCCAAGGGUUGUGACAAAUGGAUGUUCGGACGUAUGUGUUCUCCUAUGUGCAAAGACCGUUGGGACUUUCCCCAAAAGCCUCGGGCUAGUGUAUGGGUUUGUGCGUACUCUUCAGGCAUAUGGUAUCCCAGUGACCGCUGGCCGGAUUGUUCAGAAAUUUAUCGAGCUGGUUCUGCUCGAAUGGCGAUGCAUUUGCACUACUUCACUGGUGAUUGUAAUACGCCAGAAGCUAAAGCAGAAAUCGCUCAGAACUUUAUCCAGAUCUUGAACACGUCUGCUUUCAAAGAUAUCUGCCAAAAACCACCAUACAAAGAUAAGUGCAAAACAGAAAACGUUGAAGUCACGUGUGCUGAUGAUGGAUUUACCUUAAAUAGAGGAAAACGAAACAUAUUCAUGUAUGCAGUUUUUGGAGCAGUGAACGGUGUUCAUCACGAGAGACAGCGACGAUUCGCUUCGCGCGUUUUAAUUACUGCUGAUAUUGUGGUAAGCCUUGAUGGCAUUCAAGCAAACAACACCAAAGAAGGCCAGAUUAUGGUGGGAGAGAUAGGUAUAGAAAUCACCAAGAACAUAAGCAGGCAGCUCAAAAGUGCAGUCAACAACGACAGCCUGGUUCUCAGAAUCAAUGGCACUGAUAUCAAACCUGAUAAACAGUCGCUAAACAUCUCAGAGCCCAAACGUGUUUGCAAUAGAGGACAAGUGUAUAAAGAAGGAUACUGUUUAAACUGUACAUUUGGAACUUACUUGAAUUACACGACUGAAACGUGCGAAGACUGUCCCAUUGGAACAUAUCAAGACUACGAAGGACAAGAACGGUGUUUGGCAUGUCCAGCGAAAACUUCAACAACAGAAUCCAGAACAGGAAACCGUUCCAAAUGCUUAGCCCUGUGCAAAGCUGGUUCCUUCUCGCCAACCGGACUAGAGCCUUGUUUUGUAUGUGACAAAGGGCUUUAUCAGGAAAUGGAGGGAGAGCGCCAUUGCUUAAAAUGCGGUGUCAACGAAACAACUCCUUCUGAAGGAUCCAACAAUUCUAUGCAAUGUGGAGUUCCGUGCUCUCCUGGGUCAUUUUCUUCGACUGGAUUAACCCCUUGCACUUCCUGCGACCGGCGUUCAUUCCAACCACUGAGUGAGAGUCGCGCGUGUUUUUCAUGCCCCGGGACGACUGUUACUAAAGAUCCUGGCUCAAGAAGUUCCCAAGAUUGUAUAGAAAUCAAUGAGUGUGAUUCUAGCCCAUGUAAAAAUAAUUCCACAUGUACAGACCUCAUUGGAGACUUCCUGUGCUCUUGUCAACCGGGUUACACUGGAAAGGAAUGUGACACCAACAUUGAUGAGUGCCAAGACCAGCCUUGUUUUAACAACGGCACGUGUCAUGACUUCAUAAACAACUACUCUUGCUCCUGCGCUCAAGGUUACCAAGGAUUUAACUGCGACGGAGAUAUAGAUGAGUGUAUCUCAUCACCGUGCCCCCUAAAUGCCACAUGUAUAAAUCUCCCAGGAAGUUACAAAUGCGAGUGUGAGCCUGGUUACAAGGGUAGUCUUUGUGAUGAGGAUAUUGACGAAUGUCUGACAUUUCCGUGUCAGAAUGGAGCCACGUGUAAAGACAAAAUAAACUAUUACGAAUGCCUCUGUGCUUUAGGUUUCCAAGGGAAUGAUUGCGAAGAAAAUAUCAACGACUGUAUGAACAUUUCUUGUCAAAACGGAGGCAUAUGUCGGGAUGGAAUCGAUAGUUAUCAUUGUGUUUGUCCUGCAGGUUUCAAUGGGACAGAUUGUGAGUACAAUAUUGACGAAUGUGUUGGUGCAGACUGCCAAAACAAUGCAACAUGUAUCGAUAAGGUUAAUGGCUUCCUUUGUUUCUGUAAGAAAGGUUUCUCCGGUCAAAGUUGUGAGAUUGACAUCGAUGAGUGUCUGUCCCACCCCUGUAAGAACCAGGCUACAUGUUUGGACAUGUUCAAUGGAUAUCACUGUAAGUGUCCCGAUGGUUUUGAUGGCUUACACUGCGAGAACAAUAUUGAUGAUUGUGCCACAAAUCCUUGCUCCAACAACGGAUCUUGCACGGACGGCGCAAACAGUUUUUCGUGCGUUUGUCCGCCAGGUUUCUCAGGUAAAUCUUGUAACGUAGACAUCGACCUCUGUGCCUCGAUGCCAUGCCUCAACAACGGUUCAUGUUUCGAUAGUAUUACUUCCUUCACCUGUGAAUGUACUGAUGGUUUCGAUGGAGAGCAGUGUCAGACUAAUGCGGACGAUUGUGAAAAAUCCACCUGCAUGAAUAAUAGCACUUGCAUCGACGGCAUAGCUGAAUUCAGAUGUGCAUGCGCUGAGGGGUUUGCCGGUGCCAACUGCGAAAUAAACAUUGAUGAAUGUGAGCAGAAUCCGUGCUUGAACGAUGGAAUAUGUACUGACAUGACCGAUGACUACAGAUGCACUUGUGCAAGGGGAUAUACUGGAAAGAACUGCAGCGUCAGCAUCGACGAAUGUUCCGUUUCUCCUUGUUACAAUAACGCUACUUGUGUAGACCGAGUGGACAAUUACACGUGUGUCUGCUUAGAAGGAUUUAGCGGACGGCAAUGUGAAUUUGACAUUGAUGAUUGCCUCAUAAAUCCUUGUAGUAACCGUUCCACAUGCAAAGAUGGAAUGAACAGCUACACUUGUCACUGUGAGCCUGGAUUCACUGGCCUUACCUGUGAUAUUGAGAUUGAUGAAUGUGCGUCUUUCCCUUGUUAUUAUGGCGGGACAUGUUUUGAUCGGGCAAACGGUUUUACUUGUGUUUGUCCAGCUGGGUUUACAGGUGGUCAAUGCGAAGUUAAUAUCAACGACUGUGCAUCACAUCCCUGUGUAAAUAAUGGUACCUGCUUAGAUCUAGUAGCGAACUACUCUUGUUUGUGCCUAGAUGGCUUUAGUGGCUCACAUUGUGAGAAGCGCGUUGAUUACUGCAGAGAAUCUAAUUGCACUGUAAAUGGAUAUUGUGUCAACUCUCGCACAGAAUAUCACUGCAACUGUAGUGCUGGAUACUAUGGAAAAUACUGCGAGUUUGAAACUGACGAGUGCCGGACGGAACCGUGCUUUAACAAUGCAACGUGCCAGAAUACCAAGAACAAUUUCACUUGUUCCUGUUUAGAUGGGUUCACAGGAAAGUACUGUGAGGUUGACUUCGAUGACUGCAUGGAGAACACUUGUCUAAACAAUGCGACUUGCAUUGACGAAAUCUCUGGGUAUUCCUGUGACUGCUCAGCUGGCUACAAUGGGACCAACUGCCAAACCGAGAUUAAUGAAUGCGAGUCGAAUCCAUGUUCUAACAAUGGCACUUGCAUCGAUUUGACCCCUGGAUACAACUGCACUUGUGCUGAUAAGUUCUAUGGAGAAAGCUGUGAAAAUCUAAUCGAUGUCUGUCAGUCGGCCCCCUGUCAACACGGAGGGACAUGCAAUUCCGACAAUUCUACAGGAAACUUCAUUUGCUCUUGUUCAAGCGGUUUCACCGGAACUGCAUGCGAAGUGGACAUUGAUGACUGUACCCCAGAUCCUUGCACAGCAAACGCUUUUUGUAUUGACCUGGUGAAUAACUUUAGAUGUGAAUGUUCUCCCUCUUACGCAGGAGAUCACUGUGAGAUCCUUCUUGGAAGCAACUUCGACCUCGUAUUCAAACGACAGUCAUCAAAGGACAUGGUUUUCUUAUCAGAUGGCAAAAAUAUCCCAAGCAUGAUAGGCUUUACGAUCGCCCAGUUUGUACGAGCAGACUCGAGGUACAAAUCCGGGACAUUGUUCAGCUAUAGCGUUCCCGAGAAUCCAGAAGACAUAAUAGUACUUUCCUUUGUAGAAUCUCAAAUCAUUUUGGAAGUCAAGGACGAGAAAAUAAGGGCUGAUUUCAGAUUAGCAGAUGACAACUGGCAUUUCGUUGGAGUUACAUGGAAUGCAAGUCUUGGAAGAGCGACUGUAUAUAUCGAUGGAAUGGAAAUUAAGAAAGCAAGCAAAGUUAAAACCGAGAACAUUAUCAGAGGAGGCGGAUGGAUUGUUCUCGGCCAGCGGCACCUUGCAGAAGAAAAGAUUGCAGCUCUUUCUUCAGCAUUUGUAGGAAUACUACAUCAAGUCAGCAUUUGGAAUGCUGCAGCGACACGUGACCACAUGUGGAACGCCGCCCACAACUGCAGCUGGCCCAUUGCAGGAAGCCUGAGGGCUUGGAAAAGUUUUCUCCCAGGCAUCAAAGGACAAGUACAAAAGAGAUUUAUAACGCAGUGUAAAGCCUUGGAAAUGUGCACAACUAACUGUUCACACUUCCAACACUGCGAGUCUCGCGAUGGAUUUUACUACUGUAGCUGUCAGGCUGGAUUUACCGGAGCUCACUGUAAUAUUAACAUUAACGACUGCAGUCCAAAAUCUUGUCUGAAUGGAAAGUGUGUCGAUGGAAUAAACCGUUUUGAAUGCGUCUGCAACAACGGCUAUUAUGGAAUCAGUUGCGAAAAGAAGAUCAUAAGUGAAGAAGACUGUCCAGAUUUGAAACAGCCAACAAAUGGUAAAAGCUCUUGUCGUAAGUUUUCUGGACAAAGGCUGUGCAUCCUCUCGUGCAAUGAAGGGUUCUCUUUCAGUAAGGGAACAAUUACGCAUUACACUUGCGGGCCUGAAUCGGAGUGGAAGUGGAACGGCAGGAAGGAAGUACAAGUGCCAACGUGUUUACGAAAAGCACCACCGAAAGAAAUAGUGCACGAAUACUUGUUACAAUUUCCUCGAAUGCAGUGUAGUAGCCAGAACCAUAAUGAACUGCGCACUGCGAUCAAAAGUGAAAUUAGGGAUACACUUGUUACGGUGGCAGGAUGCCAAACAUGCCAAUUGCAAAAGAUCAAAGUUCCCGAAUGUAACAUAUCAGCGAAUAAAGCAAAGAGAGCAGCAGAACCUGUCAUGGAAGUUAUCGUCUCACUGAAUAUCUCUAAAGCGGCUAAUACAUAUGAAUAUGAAGUGGAAGAAAGAAGUGAAGAGGUCUUAUUCUUGAUGAAGAGUGCAGUGGCCACAGGGCAGUUCGUGAUCAACUUAAAUGGAAUAAACAUGACUGCUGUUAGAUCAUCUUUUCAAGUUCUUCGUUCCAUUGUUAUUUGUAGGGCAGGUUUCCUCAAGAGUAGUGAUGGGAAAGAAUGUGUGGCCUGUUUCGUGGGUACCUUCCACGAUCAAGGCAGCUCUGGAUGUAAACCCUGUGAUAAAGGUACCUACCAGGAUAAGGAAGGACAGUCUGUAUGUAAAGCAUGCGGAGAAGGAAAAUCAACGUUGAAUAUUGGGGCUUCUUCCAGCAAGGAUUGUUUUAGUGAUGGAGAAAGUGUCAAAAUCCAUGUCAUAGCAUCAGUAAUCGCUUGUGUAGCUGUUGGAAUCAUUCUUGGCGUCAUCAUUGCGUACAAAAGACUCUGUAAAUCAAACGAAGCAAUCGAUAGUAGCACGAGCCCUGGGGAUCUACCUUUACAGCAAAGGGAAUCUGUUGUUGAAGCCGUGAAUAAUAGCGCAGAGAAGUAUCAGCUAUGCAACGAAGCACCAGAUGAAUUUCCCAACACGACCGCAGACCCAGAUACAAUUUAUGCCAUGGGUGACCAGCAUGCAUCCCUGUAGUUCAAUUUGCACACUGUUCAGCUGUUAGUGGUACUACGAAAUAACCAAAUCUAUUAAAAACUAGAUUAUUUUAGGCGAAAUAAAUUUUUCGGAGGUAGUGUACUUAUAUCCACAGCUGUACUUUAGGUAGAAAAUACAAGUGCAAAAUGGCUAAUAGCAUUAAGCAAUUGCUAUUCGUCAUUUAAAAACCUCAAUAAACACUAGAGGUGUUAGAUUGUCUGAUAAGCGCUUACACAUGUCAAUCAGAACCGCUAUACUGUAGCCAUAUACAGAGCUUUUUAUCUCAGAUAGGUUGACUGAGUCACAAGAUAAGAGCUCUGUAUGGAAACGACAAACAUAUGUAGGUUAGGACUGCGUGAGGCCUAACUCAUGCUUCUCACAUUUUUCAUGUAAGUCACGAAGACCUUUUGUAACCUCUAGAUGCACCAUAGAGAAUGCUUUUGGAGGAUUCGCCUCUCUCCUCUUUUUUCUUUUAAUGCUACUUUUUUUAGCUCGUUGCACACUGUAGAGCAGAGUAAGAGCAUUUGUCAACAUGGCUUGCUGAUGUAAACAGGAGCAGAGAACGGUAAAAUAAAGGAAA